AUGGCCCAGGACCCCCCUUCAAUCUCUGUUUUUUCUGCCAAGAAAAGGAGUCUCGUGAAUGAUGAAGUAGCCAGAUUACAAGUUUCUUGGUCUCGUGGCUUUCUCGUGGCAUAUGCCUUUCUAAGCAUGAGCAGCCUCCUUUCUGUGCAGCGCAAUGUUCUCCUGGACCGUGCACGCUGGAUGUCUCCAAUCUUUACCUGGACAAAUGUUUUGGUGUUUGGAUGUUUGACCUUGUAUGUGCUAUUUCCAAGUCUGCUGAGCACAAGAACGUUGAAUCGCUUCUAUGUGGUGGGCAUGAUUCUAGCAGCCGCAUACCUAUCACCUUGGCACACAGGCACAGAUGAAAUGUUUGAUAUGGCCUUGAUUCUUUUCGUUUGCUGCCGGUUGCCAGCUGUGAUCCUAUGCGCUCGUACCUCGCUGGUUUUUCUCUGCAAUCUUGGCUUUACUGUCUUGACCAUCUACCGCGCCAGUACAGAAGAGAUGGCUUCUGAAGGGACUUUUGCAUCACGGUAUGUGAUCCUUUGGACAGAAUUGACAAUGUGUGCUGUAACUGUCGCCUUCAGUUUUGCCCUUCUUUCAGUGCUGACCCGGAAAGCGGAGCUACAAGUUCAAGGCUGUAAUGCGGAGACUCACUUCACUGCAGCUUCAACCCUUUUAGGGCUCAUGUGUGAUGCAGUGGUGGAACUCGAUUCGAACUUUUGCCUCACUGAGCACUCGAAAGCAUUGGCUGCAGUGCUUCUGAAGUCCAGCAACAUUCAAGGUGCAAGCCUCAUGGAUUUCAUGCCUGUGGACGAUGCAGACCGUGCAAUGCAGCAUUUUCGUGCCUUAAGUGGAGACGCUGCAACUGUGCUGGCACAUGCCUUCCACACUCGCUUGGUUGACAGUUGUUCAACGAAGCUUGAGACAGAAGUAUUUCAGGUGAAGUACACCCGCAUGAACGGGGAGCAGUGUCACUUGGUUGGUCUCCGAGAAUUCUCAGACGCCAAGUUUGGCAGUGCAGAACGUCCUGAAGACAACACGCGUUGCAUUCUCCCACAAGUCGCUGACAGCCAGGUAGUGAACGUUCGAGACGAGCCUUCGGAUGGACGAAAACAUGGAUCCAUGUUGGAAAUCGACAUGGCCCAACGGAGUAUCAUCGCAGCUUCUGGGCAUCUUUGCAACUGCGUGGGGAUGUCAAUUGAAGACUCUCGGAGAAGACACGGCCGCUGCAUAUUCAACAUUUGCUGCACUUACAGUAUACAUCAGAAUUAA